AUGAAUAGGACAAUAACAGUAAUCGCUCUACUAAAAUUUUUCAUAAUUUUUAACUUUUUAACGUUCACUAAUGGAGAAAAUAACUAUCAGAAAUAUGAGGGAUACAAAAUCUAUGAAAUACACUUUAACAACGAAAAUCAAAAUAUACAAUUUAUUAGAAAAUUUCCUCAAAUAACACAACAAUUAACUACUAACCGUCCUAAAAGAGACACCUCUACGAGAGUUCUAAUAUCACCCAGAGAGGAAUUGAAAGUUCUGAAGUAUUUACAAAAGAAAAACAUACACUUCGAUAUAAUCAACCGCAAUGUGGCCGAGAGUAUACGAAAUGAGCGUAAAGCUACCAAUUACUCUGCCUCAGCUAACAUUAUCAAUUUCGAAAGUUAUCAGCGUUUUGACGUUAUCAAUAAUUAUAUGGAGAACUUGAAAAUGCAAUACCCUCAACGGUUGAAACUAAUGAGUGUAGGUAAAUCAUACGAGGGUCGCGAUUUGAAAGCUAUACUAAUAACUAACAAUACAGAGUCAGAAGUUAAAACAGCUGAGAGACCUUUGAUAUUCAUAGAUGCUGGUAUUCAUGCCCGAGAAUGGAUAGCUCCAGCAACGGCUCUUUUUAUAAUGCAACAACUGGUGGAGAAUAAUACUUUUUAUGAAAGGGAGCUAACAAUGUACGAUUGGCUUAUUUGGCCCGUGGUUAAUCCUGAUGGUUAUGAAUAUACUCAUGAGAUCGAUCGUUUUUGGCGUAAAAAUCGCCGACCUUCGAAUUUUUCUAAAUGUUUGGGUGCUGAUUUGAAUAGAAAUUUUGAUUUCAAUUAUGCUUAUUCGGGAGUUUCUAAAAACCCUUGUUCUGAAAUUUUUUGCGGGGAUGAAGCAUUUUCUGAGUCAGAGUCAAAAGCAUUAAGGGAUUUGUUAAUUAGUAUUAAUAACACAUGUCGUAUGUAUUUAACUUUGCAUUCAUAUGGUAAUUACCUUCUAUAUCCUUGGGGUUAUGAAAAAUCUUUACCUUCUACUUGGCCUUAUUUAGAUGCUGUUGCCAGCGCUGGUGCUAGUGCUAUAAAAAAGGCUUCAGGUACCGUUUAUAUGGUGGGUGGUGCGGCAAAUGUAUUAUAUCCAGCAGCUGGUGGUAGUGAUGAUUAUGCCUUUGCUUUGGCCAAAAUUCCUGUUGUCAUUUGCAUGGAAUUACCUUCAGGUGGUAACAAUUUCGAUCCUCCUUCCGAUAAAAUUCAAUCAAUCGUAGAGGAAUCUUGGUUUGGAAUACGGGCGAUGGCUUUGGAAGCUUAUGAAUAUCCUCUCAGAAAUAUAGCGAAUAGUAAUGUUUUUAGUAUGUUUUUUAUGUUGUGUGCUGUAGUGAUAUUAGAAGUGUGA